AUGUGGCGAUUCCUUAUAUUAUUUAUAUUAAUUUGUGUGUUUCAACAAUCAAAGGGGGAGGUAUUCGAAGAUAUAACUAGUAAGCAAACGUCGGUAAACGAUGUAGAGAAAACUAUCAGAAAAAUAGAGCGACUAACCAUAGACGCUGAGAAGGCUCGUCGCGAGAGUAUAGUUCCUAUCGAAGAUACAGAAAAACUCUAUGAUGAAAUCGCUAGGUUAUUAGGUGACUUAACUGAACUUAUAGCCGCUAAGAACAACACAUAUGCAUUCUUCAAAGUACAUGGUGUUGACACAGUCAUCAUACCUAAUAUAAGAACAACAUAUGACUCCUUACGAGGGCAGCUUUUGAAUCUUAUUAAGACAUUAUUUAAAUCAGCACCGACCACCACUAACACGUUAUUACCGAUCAAUAUUGUUGAUAUGUUGCUAGAUGUAUUCGAAAAUGAUGACAAUUUGGCAUUAAAAGCACACGCCUUAGACAUUCUCUACUUUUGGCUUCCAAAUAACCCAAAGUUACAAGCACGGGUGAUGAAAGUAAAAGGCCUGGAACCGUUUUACAGGCAAAUAUCGAAGCUAGAUUCUGAAGUUGUUUUUAAAUUGUUAGAUCUGUUUAACACGGUACUGGAGGAACAUUUGGCUGCGCGGAACAAAGAUCAAAGGAACAGAAUCGACUAUGAGAAUUUUAGAAUGUACCAGAUGAUAGGUUUGAUUGAACGAAUGUCUACUGUGAUGGUCUGUGAUGGCCUUCUAAAUAUUUUCAAAGUCGCGGUGACGUUAAGCGAAAAUGCUGAAGAGGUUUUAGCACCAGUUUUUAAACUGAUGAAAAAUAUAAAGCCGUAUUGUAUGAAGCUAUAUAAAUCGAAGGAGUCCGCGGUGAAUAUAUUUAAUGAUAUGCAUAAGUAUAUAAGAGAUAAUAAAGAUAUUAAUUUUGAAGCAUUAGGACUGAACUACACCGAAAUAGAAUUAAUUUUAAAUGAUUAUAAUGAACAACUACGAGAACAUUACAAAGAUGAAUUGUAA